CGAAAUGUUUGAGAAUCUAUUAUCUGUCACCACCCGUUUGUGACCAGAGAGUAGAUUUCUAAAGUGUUUUGGAUAAGUUUAGUGUUUUAGAGUAUUAAAAAAUUUAGAAGCACUUUUCAUUAGACUCUAUAUAUGACAUAUCUAUAAUAAUAUUCCUGAAUUUGAAUUUAGCAUCUACUUAUAUCGCAUAACUCAUUUAUGGUACUGAAAUUUAGUGGAAAACAGCUAGUAAAAGAGAAGUAUUGGUGUGAUAAAUAAAGCUCAGAGGCUCAGGAUAAGUCAGGAUUCCUUAACUCAUUUUAGCUAGCCUAUCUCUCUCUUUCUCUCUCUCUGUCUCUCCCUAUAUAUAAAUCGAUAAAUAAAUGAGUGUGAGGUAAUUAAGGAACUAGAAAGGAAUAAGAAAUUAUGGAGAGAAUAUGUGAAAUGUGGAGAGAAAUGAAAGAUAUAACGGCAAUGGUGGUGGUUCAAAUAGCUACGGCAGGGUUAAACAUAUUUUUCAAGCUAGCAAUGGAAGAUGGUAUGAACCCAAGUGUACUCGUGGCCUAUCGUCUCUUGUUUGCUACACUUUUCAUGAUUCCUAUAUGCUUCAUCUUUCAAAGGAAGAAGAGGCCAGAGUUUACAUGCAGGCUGAUGUUACUAGCAUUACUCUCAGGGUUACUCGGUGUGGUGAUACCAAGUAUCCUAACCAUUACGGGUCUAGCUCUAACGUCAGCAACAUUCACCUCUGCUGCUGGCGUUCUCACUCCAUUGGUCACUUUCAUCUUCGCUGCACUUCUUAGGAUGGAGAGUGUACGGCUUGGAUCGAGCGUAGGGCUGGCUAAGGUUUUUGGAACAUUGUUUGGUGUUGGUGGAGCUCUUGUCUUUAUAUUCUAUAGAGGAAUAGAGAUCCGACUAUGGUCAACUCACGUUAACCUAGUGAACCAACCACGUGACUCCUCACGUGAUGCUACCACUCACCAUAUUUCCAUCCUUGGGGCUCUUCUAGUUUUUGGGGGAAACAUUUCCAUCUCACUUUGGUUUUUAUUGCAGGUUAAGAUAAGCAAACAAUUUGGAGGGCCUUAUUGGAACGCGACUCUAAUGAACAUGAUGGGAGGCGUAGUGGCUAUGCUUGUCGCUCUUUGCUGGGAACACGAUUUAGAUGAAUGGAGAUUAGGAUGGAAUAUCAGACUAUUAACCAUUGCUUAUGCGGCAAUUCUGAUUUCCGGGAUGGUGGUAGCAGUCAACGCAUGGUGCAUUGAGUCUAGAGGACCGUUAUUUGUAUCGGUAUUUAGCCCUGUAGGACUUGUGAUCGUAGCUCUUGUUGGAUCAUUUUUGCUAGAUGAAACACUUCAUUUGGGGAGCAUAAUUGGUACAGUGAUUAUCGUUGGAGCAUUAUACAUUGUGCUAUGGGCUAAAAACAAGGAAAUGAAGAGUAUGCUUACGACAUCGGAUCAUAAUGAAACAAAUAAGACUAGCAAAGAUAUCACAGUCAACAAUCUCCCAACAUUAAGUACAAAUGUCCCUUGAUCAACCAUCAUUUAUAUAUGUUGAACGACUUGUUGUUAGUAUAUUUGAUUAAGUGAAUAUUAACAUUAUUAUUCUAUCUAACGAUGAUUUAUUGAACCAUCUAUGUAAGUUAUUAUGUGCAUAUGACCUUUGUACUACCACAUCCACAACUUCAUAAGAUGUUGCAUGGAUUUUUUUUAACGAGCAAUAAUAAAUUGUAAAAUCUUAUUUGGG